AACCCUCCAGAACAUCAACGAGCCCGGUGGUGGUACCCGUUCCUUGUACGGUCAUCGUCCGGCGGAGAAGAAAGCCCGCCUGUCCCGUUCGCUGACGCUUCCGAUUUUCAACUUUCCCGGUGCGAAUGCCUUUGUGGGACGCCUUCCGCAGCAGCCUCCACAGCUGGAAGCGUUCAAGACCUCUUCCAAUAACUUCCUGUACGAGGCAAAGAUGAUCGCUUCCAGUACCACCCCCGUCAGCGGGAACAGCCCGAAAAUCCUGCUGACCACCGACGACAACUCAUUCGACUACCGACGGAAGUCGUCCGGUGGGAGUACCCUGUUCACCCCUAGCGGUGGAGCACCGUCGGUGGCACCGGCCGAACCCCACAUUUACGACUUUGACGAGAAGCGCUCCAGUGGGGAUGGGUCGGUUGUGAUAAGCGUUACAUCCCCGACGGCGUACCAAAUUCCCACGUCCAAGUCGUUUGGGUUGACCUCGCUGAACCUGGUGAACCUCCAGAACUCCGCCUAUAUCAGCAACCAGAACAACAACUUUAGUACCGGUAACAGCAGCCUAGUAGGUAGUGGUAACGUAGUGUCCAGUAGCUUUAGUGGUAACAGUAGUAUCAAGCGGGGUAGCGACGCGCAGCUCAUUAGCAAUAGUACCAACAAUGCCAUUUACCGGCUAGCCCGGAUCAUCAACCAGACAACGAAAGCCCCGGCGCCGACGCCGACCACGCCCGGUGCCGGCAUGACCAGUCUUCACCACCAGAUCAACGACGACUCCGCGCGGAGGCUGUCCUGGGAGAGGCGGGACAAGGGCUGCAAGCCGAUUCCGCGCUCGUCCAGCAUCGACUCGAUGGUGGACGCCGUGUGGAACGAGUUUCCGACGUCGGCACCGGGCAGCGCCCGUAACUCCGUCUCCAACCAGUCCAGCCAGUCGCAGUCUACGUCGAACGUUCCCUCGAAUCUGAACAUCUUCCUGAGCUCGAACCGGCGCGAAAGCAUGCUCAGCCCGUCGUCGAACCGGCGGUCAAAACACCAGCGCGGAAUAUCCGGUGAGUAAAAAACCUGGAAAAUGGUGGUUGAUGACAUGAGAGGUAUGAAAAAAAA